ACUAAAGCCCCUUACCGUCUUUCUUCCCUAAAUCUUGUAAACGCUCCACCCUCUUCUUGCUUUCCUGACUAUUGUAACCUGUUAAUACCCCAAAUAAAAUAAACUACCGGGGUCUUUCCUGCCUCUAUUCUUAAUCCCGCCCUAAUUUUCUUUAUUAGUUCUCUAAUAUUACCAACUAAAAAACUCUUUGUAGCAUUGUACACGCACGCACGUUCGCAAAGUAACACGUAGGGAGAUCGUUUGUAAAUGAUUUGUUAGUUGACUCAAAGCAGAGAAGUGGCAUCGAUACAUCGAUUUGCACAAGAUACUGGAUUUUGAAAAAACUUGUACCUGGUCAAUUUCAAAAAAUCAAUUUGCGUUUCGAAAUUUCCACAGUACAAUAACGUCCUAAUUGAACAUUAUGGAAACGUGGUUUGCUAAUGUGAAUAAAUGAAACGUCAAUUUCGGAAUAUUCUUGGAACUUGAAAAGCGUUUGACACGGUAGAUCAUGUUAGAAUUAUGAAGCGUACCCCCGUGCGCCGAAAUUAUAUCAUUGCUUAAAUUGGAUUUGUGAGUAACCACGUGUAAAAUUCUUAACAAAGUGAGUAUCGUACUUAGGACUCGUCGUGGAGGUUUCAUGAGGGUAGACGAGAAAAUCAUAAAAGUGGAAGGAAAAACAUAUAAUUAGCCAUUGAGCUGUGUAACCGUAUUCUCUAAGUAUUUUAUAUAAGAAGUUGUUUGGUCAAAAUUCAAUUCUCGCCCUCUUUAUCAUGAAAUCCUGAAAUUAUGGAAGUUUACAACAGAUCACACUAUUUUACUUUCCAAGCUUAAAACGCUCGGGAAAAACUGGAAAGGAAACAUCAAAGCUCUGUCACCAAAAUCAGUAGAGCCCUAAGGCCUGGUUCUAGCGUCGCGCUUCUCAUGUGCCGAACCUAACUCGACAAUUGAGUACACGAGUGGCGCGACGUUUGAAUCAAUUUGGUAUGGCAGAUUUAGUUAGGAGCGGCAGACUAGUUUGGAUCGGCAGAGCUUGCCGAGCUGCACGACUCCAGCACGGCACGGUUUCAAGCGUCGAACUUGUCAUGUACCGAACUCAAUGCAUAAUUAUAUUUAAUUUAUUUUCCUUCCCAGAAUUCAUUUCUUUCUUGGAGGGCGCAUGUGUCAAAUAAAUAUUUGAGAUUGCGCGCCUUAACCAAGAUACUUCAUGUAACAAUCCUAAAACUCAUUUGGCGCGACAUAAUUAAGUUCGACGUUUGAAACGGGAGUCGCGCUAAACAUGCUCAAGUGUCGCUCCAAACAGAGUUAGACCCCCCUCACAUGAGAAAUUUCAGGCCGGUCUGAACUCAGAUCGACCUGAAAUUCAUUUCAGUCUGCGGUCUGAGCCCUUGAGGUGCUCACAUGAGAAAGGGCGAAAUGAAACUCAGGUCGACCUGAAUUCGUUACGGUUGUUCAGGUCGGUUUGAAAUUUCAGGUCGACUUGAAAUCCGCAUGUGAGCAGAAACGUUUUUCAAGUCGGGGCGAAAUGAAACUCGCGGAGAAAAAUAAAUUGCAUUCUGGGAUGCAAAUUAGAGUUCUGGGAUACAUGUUUGAUAAAUUUGGCGCCAUUUCACCAUUGAAUAGUGCAAGAUACAGCCUGUGCUUACUUUGCCAAAAUCUAUUUGGCUUCUGUUGGACGUCAUGAAAACUCUCGGAAUAAAGAAACGGUACAUGUUGAAGAAGUUGAAACAAAAGUUGAAGUUGAAAUUGAGUUGAAACAUAAGUUGAAGAAGCAAAAUAAAAUGAAGUUGCAAAGCCGAGACUAAAACAACCAAAAUAGAUUUCAACAACUGAUUUAAAAUAAACCUUUUCAUCAAAUUAUUGGGCGCCAUGAUUGUUUUGAUCUAAAUUUCGCCGUAAAUGCGCAUGUGCAAAACCCUGUGGCUUUUUCCAGCCGGCUUGAAAACAUCCAUGUGAGCGGGAGCAAAAUUAGCACGCACCAUCAAAUUUCAAGACGACCUGAGUUUCAGACCGGCCUGAAAUUGUUCAUGUGCGGGGGGUUUAGGUUCGGCACAUGAGAAGUGCGACGUUUGAACCAGGCCUAAGGGGCCCUUUACAUGAGACCCGAAACGAAACACAUUGCGUUUCACAAUGUUACACUUUUGCAUAGGGUACCAAAACGCAUAUUCACCGGCACGAGUUUCAUGUCGGGUGCUGGUCUGAGCUACUGUUGUGAUUACAUGGCAUUGACCGAAAUGAAACUUAUGUCGGUGUCAUAUGCGCUUCGGCAUUGUGUUCACUUUGUUAAUUAUAACGUGUCAAAAUAUCGCACUACGAUGAAAUCACAGGAUUUGAAACAGAUUGCGUUUCACAAUGUUACACUUUUGCAUAGGGUACAAAAACGCAUAUUACACCUGUAUGAAAAUUCAUGCCGACACGAAAAUCUCAUGUCGCUUUUUCGUGCCGGGAUGAAGUUUCAUGCCGGCACGAAAGUGUCAUGUAAACAGAUAAUUUUUUCAUAUCGGGGAGAAUCAUUAAUAAAACCGCCUACGUUGCACAAAUGCUGCACGGUGGACGCUACGGAUUGAUUUUGUCGCCAUUUUCUUUAUUUCGGCUCGUUGGUUGCAAUCAUGUCGGGGAAAAAAACACUGGGAUUCCAAAAAAUGUAAGCGGUAAUUAGAAUUUCUUCACUAACAGAAAAACAGAGACAACUAAAAACAAGCAGAUGUGUGAGUCUUUUAAUUAAUAAGAAAUAUUACAUGGUAUGAAGAAUUAAGAACCUAUCAUGCGAAAGAAUGCGACAGUUUCGUGUCGGGUUUCAUAUAACGGCGAGCAAAUUUCACUGAAUUUUCAUGCCGGUGUACUAUGCGUUUCUGCAUGGGCAUGCGUUUCUGCAUGGGCCGAGACGCAUAUGCGUUUCAAGUGUUACAGUUUAAUGGCGGACAUGCAGGGCCUAGCUGUGAAUGGCGUGAAGCGCAUAUGCGUUAGACAGGACACAAAUGUGUUUCAACGGAUGUGCGUUUCCUAACAACUUUCAAUAAAGGUUUGUGAAAUGAUCCAUCGCCACAAAACCAUCGCCACAAAACCUUAAUAACAAGAUUAGACUUGUUAGUUAGAAAACAGCAACUAGCUAACAUAAAGCGAAGAAUAUGUGAACGCAUAUGUGUCUCAGCCCAUGCAGAAACGCAUGCCCAUGCAGAAACGCAUGCCCAUGCAGAAACGCAUAUGACACCGGCAUGAGUUCAUUUUGGGUCUCAUGUAAAGGGCCCCUAAAAGUGUGCCCUACAAUGGACACUUCCUCUACUUACGGAGAGUGAGGAAAACUACGUUUCAUAAGGUUGACUCGUGAAAGUUGCAUACAAUCUUCUUAUAUUGAUAAAUCCAAAAACCACUUGGUACAAUAAGCCCCAUUCAAUUCCGCUACCCACUUAGAAUAACAUUAUAUACUUACAGGUGCAUACAUUGAUACUGUGUUUUUAUUGCUAACCUAGUUUCUAUGCAGACAAACAAAAGAAAGCUUUUAUCAUACGCACAAGGAAUUAUCAACAAACUUGAUUCUAUUAUUCACUGAAGUUUGGUUGAUAAAAAUCGCGGAGCUGUUUUACUGCAGACAAGGGCUAGUGGACUACCAAAAAGCCACCAUGGUGAAUGCAUCAAUGUUCUUUGCCAUUUUCUCAGUUUUUCAGUUAUCUGUUAUAUGCAGCAACCUUGUAUCAAAAGGUUCUUACUUCAUCGAGCUUGGAGAUGCACAAGAUGAAGGUUCUGAUCUAAGCUUGGGUACAACAGUUUUUAGCGAGAACUUUCAUAAAUGCAGUCUAGUGGAAAGCUGCAAAUAUCUAUCACUGGAUAUGAAUACAAAAAAAUACACUCAAAUAUCAAAUGAAGAUGAGAUACCAAAAAACAGAACUGGAUUCAAGAUCUGGAAGAAAGUUUCUCCAGAAGGUGCAACAUAUCGAAGCUGCAAAGACGCAUACAAAGCAGGAAACCUUGGCAGCGGAGUCAUCAAGAUACGGUUACCAGGCGGUAAAUCUGCACAAGUAUACUGUGAUAUGGAAACAGACGGUGGAGGGUGGACUGUGUUUUUACGGAGAGUGACAAAUCAAACAAAUUUCAACAGAACAUGGCAGGAAUGUACACAAGGCUUUGGUGAUUUGGAGGGCAAUUUCUGGUUGGGGCUGGACACAAUCCACUAUUUGACAAACCGUGAAAAUGUCACCUUGAGAAUAGACCUUAAAGCGACAAACGGCACGCAAGGGUUUGCAAAGUAUACUGAAUUUCUCAUUGCAGGAAGGGAGACAGAGUACACAAUACAUAUUGGUGGAUACGCAGGUGACAUUGGAGACUCCAUGGAAACUGGUUACAAAUUCUCAACUUGGGACAACGACAAUGAUAACGCAUCUUAUGUGAAUUGUGCUGCCACCCGUGGCGGGCCGUGGUGGCAUAAUAGCUGUGGCACUUCCCGCCUAAUGAACCUUUUCUUUCUAGAAAACGGGAGUAGACAUGAGAAAAUGAAAUGGAAAUCAUUGGGGGAAUUUUCCCAUAAGAUCACUUUCGCAGAGAUGAAACUGCGUGAAUAGUUCAAUAACAUUUUUGCAGGUUUUAUUGUUGUUUUUGCCAGUUCCAUAAGCUUUAGAACCAGGACAAACUCACGGCGGUUUGCUGUAGACAGGGAAUUUUGUAGAAAAAACUAGCAAACUGCCUAACCUCAAAUUUUAUUUCACAUUCUUACUAAAUCGACCAUGGAGAUUCCAAAUCCAAGAUGGGCCAAAAAAAAUUAUCACCGGAAGUUACUGUUUUUGAUGACGUCAUCAAAAAAAUGAUAAAAAAUCUUUAAAAAUCGGCCAAGGACUCGAACUCAACUUUUUUUGCAUUUUUGCACUAAAUUAAUUAUGCAGAUUUCAAAUCUGAGAUGAAAUGAAAAAUAUCUUGAACGGAAGUCAAAUUUUGUGAUGACGUCAUCAACUUGGAGAAAAUUCACUUUGAACCUUUUUAAUUGUUUUCUCGCAACUAUCAUUGUCAAAUAUGUUCCAUAUUCGAAUUGCACACAUUCAGUGCUUUUAAAAGAUGUAUUGAAUUUCUAUUAUACUUACUUUUAAACGUUCUUUCAUGACGUCAUCAUCAUUUUAUGACGUCAUCGCCUUUUAAAGGUAAUUGAAUAACGCGUGAAAG